CGCACGCGUGAAGAAGGGAAUGAUGGUGGAUAGGUAGGCAACGCAUCACGCUUGACGAUAGCUAUCGAUUUCCAACAGUUCACUAGAGCUAAUAGGUCGUACAUCACUCAAAGGUACUUGCUGUUACUAGCACUGUAGCUAGUUCCCGUAGAACGACACCCUGGAACAUAAAAAAAUGCCGAACAUUAAGAUAUUUAGCGGUAGCUCCCAUCGGGAACUGUCUCACAAAAUCGCCGAUCGUCUUGGGAUGGAACUCGGGAAGGUUGUGACCAAGAAAUUCAGCAAUCAAGAAACAUGUGUUGAGAUCGGAGAGAGUGUGCGUGGAGAGGAUGUCUACAUCGUACAGAGCGGCUGUGGGGAGAUCAAUGAUAAUCUGAUGGAGCUGCUGAUUAUGAUCAAUGCGUGUAAGAUCGCCUCGGCCUCCCGUGUCACAGCCGUCAUCCCCUGCUUCCCCUACGCACGGCAGGACAAGAAGGACAAGGUGGGGAGUCGGGCGCCCAUCUCAGCCAAGCUGGUGGCUAACAUGCUGUCUGUGUCUGGGGCUGAUCACAUCAUCACUAUGGACCUCCACGCCUCACAGAUCCAGGGUUUCUUCGACAUCCCGGUGGAUAACCUGUAUGCUGAGCCUGCUGUACUAAAGUGGAUCAAGGAGAACAUCACAGAGUGGAAGACCUGCACUAUCGUCUCUCCAGACGCAGGGGGUGCCAAGAGAGUGACGUCCAUAGCAGACAGACUCAACGUGGACUUUGCUCUGAUUCACAAAGAGAGAAAGAGGGCCAACGAGGUGGAUCGCAUGGUGCUGGUCGGGGACGUCACGGACCGGGUAGCCAUCUUGGUGGAUGACAUGGCAGACACCUGUGGUACUAUCUGCCACGCGGCCGACAAGCUGAUCUCAGCUGGUGCUACCAAGGUGUAUGCCAUCCUGACCCACGGUAUCUUCUCUGGCCCGGCCAUCUCACGCAUCAACAACGCCUGCUUCGAGGCCGUGGUCGUCACCAACACAAUCCCCCAGGAGGAGAAGAUGAAGACCUGUCCUAAGAUACAGGUGAUUGACAUCUCUAUGAUCCUGGCGGAGGCCAUCCGCAGGACCCACAAUGGGGAAUCUGUCUCCUACCUCUUCAGCCACGUCCCCUUGUAACGCCACACACACACACACACACUGAGUCACCUGGGGCACUGUUCAGGAGGACACAACACCACAGAACAUUCAGAUAGAACAGACAUGGCCAUCUCUCAUGCAGGAUAGGGAAUUUGGGGAACAGAUAUGAUUGUCUUUUAGGUAGAAUAAGGGAUGUGGAGUCGGCUCUUCAUUCCAUUUCUGUGCCCAGUAUUCUGGAAUGUUUUUCAUCACUGAAUAGGAUCCAGCCCUAGUGUUCUGUUACACCAAACAGAGGAAGAGAGGGAAUGUCCUAUACAAACACCAGGGUUGGGCUCGAUUCCAUUUCAAUACCAGUCAAUUCAAGAAGUACACUGACAUUCCAAUUCUCUUCAAUGCUUUUGAAUUAGGAAAAUGUGGAAUUGGAUUUGGGAUUAGGUUUACUUUCUGAAUUGACAGAGAUUGAAAUGGAAUUGACACCAACCGGGGGAAACACAACCAUUAUAUUAGCAUCACUCUGCUGCUAAUGCUAACAAACCAUGUAAUAGUUACAAUUAGUAGGAUCAGUGAUUAUUAAUAACACGUUCAUUUUGAGUCUCUCUGUCUCUCUCUGUCUCUGUCUCUCUCUCUGUCUCUCUCUGUCUCUCUCUGUCUCUCUCUGUCUCUCUCUGUCUCUCUGUGUCUCUCUCUCUGUG